AUCUAGAUCCCAAGGGCACUUUAGGGGCACGUAUAUCCCGUUCCUCCUGGGCAGCGCCAUGCAGUCCCUGUGGCUUUGCUGGACACUCUGCAUACUGCCCCUGGCUGGCCCUGGGGCAGCGGUGACUGAGGAACAGGUUCUGAGCAGUCUCCUGAAGCAGCUGCAGCUCAGCCAGGCCCCGGUCCUGGACAGAGUGGAUGUGGAGGGGAUGGCUAUCCCUACCCAUGUGAGCUCCCAGUAUGUGGCCCUGCUGCAGGGAAGUCAUGCUGACCGCUCCCGAGGCAAGAGGUUCAGCCAGAACUUUCGAGAGGUGGCAGGCAGGUUCCUGGUGUCAGAGACCUCCAGUCACCUGCUGGUGUUCGGCAUGGAGCAGCGGCUGCCGCCUAACAGUGAGCUGGUGCAGGCCGUGCUGCGGCUGUUCCAGGAGCCCGUGCCCAGAACAGCUCUCCGGAGGCUUGAGAGGCUGCCCCCUCACAGUGCCCAAGCUCGGGUCACCAUCGAGUGGCUGAGAGUCCGUGAGGAUGGCUCCAACCGCACCGCCCUCAUCGACUCCAGGCUCGUGUCCAUCUACGAGAGCGGCUGGAAGGUCUUCGAUGUGACCGAGGCUGUGAACUUCUGGCAGCAGCUGAGCCGGCCGAGGCAGCCGCUGCUGCUCCAGGUGUCGGUGCAGAGGGAGCAUCUGGGACCGGGGACCUGGAGCGCACACAAGUUGGUCCGGUUCGCGGCGCAGGGGACGCCAGACGGCAAGGGCGAGCCACAGCUGGAACUGCACACGCUGGACCUCAAGGACUACGGAGCUCAAGGCAAUUGUGACCCCGAGACACCAGUGACUGAAGGCACCCGAUGCUGUCGCAAGGAGAUGUACCUGGACCUGCAGGGGAUGAAGUGGGCUGAGAACUGGAUCCUAGAACCCCCAGGGUUCCUCAUUUAUGAAUGUGUGGGCAGUUGCCGGCAGCUGCCAGAGUCUCUGACCAUCGGGUGGCCAUUUCUGGGGCCUCGGCAGUGUGUGGCCUCAGAGAUGACUUCCCUGCCCAUGAUUGUCAGCAUAAAGGAGGACGGCAAGACCAGGCCUCAAGUGGUCAGCCUGCCCAACAUGAGGGUGCAGACUUGUAGCUGUGCCUCGGAUGGGGCGCUCAUACCUAGGGGGAUAGAUCUGUAGUGCCGUAUCUACAGUUUUUUUUUUUUUCUUUUUCUUUUCUUUUCUUUUUUUCAGAGCUGGGGACCGAACCCAGGGCCUUGCGCUUGCUAGGCAAGCGCUCUACCACUGAGCUAAAUCCCCAACCCCGUGUCUACAGCUUUAUUGUCCUAACUUAGUACCCACACUUUAUCUUUGCCCUACAGUCCUUG